AAGCCAAUGGGAGCAAGGGACGGGCUCGGGCUCGGGGGCGGGGCUGAUGCGCGCACGCCGAGGCGGAGGGGCCCAGCCGGCGCCGCGCGGGGUGGUCGUUGCUUUCAGUGCGCUCCUUGCCGCCCGCGCCCGCUCCCUCUUAUGGCGGCGCUGCUGCCGCCGCCGCUGCUUGCUCUCCUGCUCGCCCUUCUGUGCGCGCAGCCGUGCCCGGGCGGCAGGGCUCCAGCCUCCUCCCCGGCCGUGACGGCCCGGCUGGCGGCGAAGUGGCCGGCGACCCCGCUGCUGCUGGAGGCGAGUGAAUUUAUUGCAGAAGAUGGUAAUGAGAAGUUUUGGCAGUUCUUGGAAACUGUGCGAGAAUUAACAAUUUAUAAGCAAGGAGAUUCAGAGCAUUCUUACUACAAUUUAAUCUUGAAGAAAGCAGGACAAUUUUUAUCCAAUUUGCAGAUCAACCUAUUGAAGUUUGCACUUUCCAUAAGGGCAUACUCUCCAACUGUUCAGAUGUUUCAACAGAUUGCAGCUGAUGAACCUGCACCAGAAGGCUGCAGUGCAUUUGUCGUUAUCCAUGAGAAGCACACCUGUAAGACUAAUGAAAUAAAAAAACUGUUGAAGAAGGCUACUAAGAGACCCAGGCCGUAUCUUUUUAAGGGAGACCAUAAAUUCCCAGCUCUCAGAGAGAAUGGUCCAGUGGUUAUUCUUUAUGCAGAAAUGGGUACAAAAGACUUUGUUAAAUUCCACAAGAUUUUAUCUGAAAAGGCGCAAAAGGAGGAAAUUGUUUAUGUUCUCCGGCAUUAUGUUCAGAAACCAAGUUCCAGAAAAAUGUAUUUAUCUGGAUAUGGUGUAGAACUUGCAAUAAAGAGCACAGAAUAUAAAGCAGUAGAUGACACACAGAUUACAGGAACAAAUGACACAACAGAAGAGGAAGGUGAUGAUGAUGAGGAAAGUGAUGUCCAAGGAUUUCUCUUUGGCAGAUUAAAACAAAUGCAUCCUAAUCUGAAAAAUAAUCUGAAAGAGUUUAAAAAACAUCUCAUUGAAACUACUAACAACAUGGAACCUCUGAAGGUCUGGGAGCUACAGGAUCUUAGUUUUCAAGCAGCUGCUCGAAUUACAUCUACCCCAGUUUAUGAUGCCUUAAAGGCAAUGAAAGACAUAGCUCAGAACUUCCCAAUAAGAGCCAGAUCAUUGACCAGAGUGCCUGUAGACAAGCAAAUGCGAAAUGAAAUAGAAGAAAAUCAGAAGCAUUUUUAUGAAAUACUUGGAAUUCAACCUGGAGAAGCACGCUUAUUUCUAAAUGGCCUUCAUAUUGAAAUGGAUUUUCAUGAUCCAUUUAGUAUCUUAGAGACUCUUAAACUGGAAGGAAAAGUGAUGCAUGGUCUUCAUGAGCUUGGAAUCAAAGAGGAGAUCCUGAGUAAAUUUAUGAGAUUGCAUAUACAUCCUGCAGAUGACAGUUAUGCACUAGAUAUUCGGCACUCUUCGAUAAUAUGGGUUAAUAAUAUAGAAAAAGAUCACAGCUAUAGCACGUGGCCUGCAAGCUAUCAGGAGUUGCUUAAGCCAGCAUUUCCCGGAGUUGUACAGCAGAUUAGGCGCAAUUUGUAUAAUUUGGUACUUUUUAUUGAUCCCAUCCAAGAAGAUACAAGUGAUUAUAUGAAACUGGCAGAAUUAUUCUCUCAUCAUAAUGUACCACUUCGAAUUGGAUUUGUUUUCAUUUUAAGUACAAAAGAAGAAAUUGAUGGAAAUGAAGAUGCUGGAAUAGCCCUUUGGAGAACUUUUAACUACAUUGUGGAAGAGACUGACACCUCUCAAGCCUUUACCUCUAUAAUUAAUAUGUACCAUGAAGUGAAAGAUGGAAAUAUUCUAACGGUAAAUCAUGUGAAAAAUGUUCUUAGACAUGAAUUCCCCCACGCUGAUGUUCAGAGUAUAUUAGGUGUUCACUCUGAAUAUGAUGAAGGGAGGAAGGCAGGAGCAACCUUUUAUAAAAAGACUGGCCUAGGUCCAUUGCCUCAAGCUCUGUUUAAUGGUGUGCCCUUUAACAGAGAAGAGAUGGAUGGUACAGAGUUAGAGACAGUUAUUCUCCAGAGGAUUAUUGAUGCCACCGGGUUCUUCCAGAGGGCAGUUUUCAUGGGUUUAUUGAAUGAUCAUAUAAAUGCAAUAGAUUUUCUUAUGGAACAGCAGAAUGUAGUUUCCCGUAUAAACCCGACUAUUCUUGGAGCAGAAAGAAAAUACAUACAUUUCAGAUCUACAUCUGUUCCUUUUGAUGUGCAAGACUUCUCUACUUUCUCCUUUUUGGACUCACAAGACAAGAGUGCUGUAAUUUCAGAUGACAUGAAGUAUUUAACAAAAAAAGAUGAAGAUGUAUUAUAUGCUGUUACUAUCUGGAUUAUUGCUGAUUUUGAUAAGCCAGCAGGAAGACAACUGCUUUCUAAUGCCUUGAAACACUUGAAAACAAGCAGACAUACACGACUUGGGAUUUUGAACAAUCCUUCAUCAAAAAUAAAGGAAGAUAGCACAGCCAUUGCAAGAGGAAUUUUGACAGCUUUUUUAACCCAAAACAACAACAGCCUAAGAAGUUUCCUAAGUAAACUCACUAAGGAAGAGACAGCAAAAUCCCUUGCUGCUGGAACUAAAAUUGUUAAAUUCCUCAUCACAGGAAUGGAUGACGAUACUUUUGAGAAGAAAUACAACACUUUAGGACUGGAUAUAAUUAAAACCCACCAGAUGUUUUGCCAGGAGGUUCUCAAACUGCUUCCUGGGCAAAUGGCUGUUAUGAGCAAUGGUAGGAUACUAGGUCCUUUAGAUGAAAAUGAAUUUUAUGCAGAAGACUUUCACUUAUUGGAAAAAAUAACAUACAGUACCUCAGCAGAGAAGAUUAAAACUAUUGUCAAAGAGAUGGGAAUCAGUACUAAAAGCAAAUUAUGUGCGUCUCAAUAUAGUGGCAGUGAUUUGAUUAUGAAAAUAGAUGCCCUGCUGUCCUCUUUGCCUAAAACAGAGAUGAGACAAGAUGCUGAAUUACUCAAAGAACAGCACAGCGUAGUAAAAAUAGAUCCUCAGCAGAAUCAACCAUUCUAUGAUGUUAUUGCUAUUGUUGAUCCAUUGACAAGAGAAGCACAGAAGAUGGCUCAUUUAUUGAUUGUACUCAAAGACAUUAUCAAUAUGAAACUCAGGUUGUUUCUGAACUGCAGAUCUAAGCUGUCAGAAGUGCCACUGAAGAGCUUCUAUAGGUUUGUUCUGGAACCAGAAUUAACUUACGGAAUCAACAAACACCUUCCUUCUGAACCUCUGGCAAAAUUCCUAGAAUUGCCAGAAUCACCCCUUUUGACUCUAAACUUGAUCACUCCUGAAAGCUGGUUGGUUGAAGCAGUGAACAGUUCUUGUGAUCUUGAUAACAUUCACUUGCAGGACAUAAAAGGGACUGUUACAGCAGAAUAUGAACUAGAAUAUAUAUUGCUUGAAGGACAUUGCUUUGAUGUGACAACUGGACAGCCUCCUCGAGGGUUACAGUUCACUUUGGGCACAAAGAAUAAUCCUGUCAUGGUUGAUACUAUUGUGAUGGCCAAUCUGGGAUAUUUUCAGCUGAAAGCAAAUCCAGGUGCUUGGACACUGAGAUUGCGUAAAGGAAGAUCUGAAGACAUUUAUCAUGUUUUUUCCCAUGAAGGAACAGAUUCUGUAGCUGACCUGGCAGAUGUUAUUGUGGUAUUAAACAACUUCAGAAGCAAAAUUAUCAAAGUCCAAGUGCAGAAAAGGUCUGAUAAAAUGAAUGAAGAUCUCCUUACUGAUGGAAUAACAGAAGAAGAAGGAAAUUGGGACUCAGUUACAAGUUUUUCAGAAGAAAUUCCAGUAGAAGAGAUGGAAAAGAAAAGUGAUAUUCUUAACAUUUUUUCAGUCGCUUCAGGCCAUUUAUAUGAACGUUUUGUAAGAAUUAUGAUGCUUUCUGUUCUACGCCAUACAAAAACACCGGUUAAAUUUUGGUUUCUGAAAAACUAUCUCUCCCCAACAUUCAAGGAUGUUAUUCCUCAUAUGGCUAAGAAAUAUGGAUUCAAGUAUGAGUUAGUACAGUAUAAGUGGCCCCGCUGGCUUUAUCAACAGACAGAAAAGCAAAGAAUUAUCUGGGGCUACAAAAUUCUUUUUUUGGAUGUUCUUUUCCCUUUGGCUGUGGAUAAAAUAAUAUUUGUCGAUGCUGACCAGAUUGUGAGAAGUGACCUAAAAGAACUUAGAGAUCUAGAUCUAAAUGGAGCUCCUUAUGGAUACACUCCUUUCUGUGACAGCCGUACAGAAAUGGAUGGGUACCGUUUCUGGAAAUCAGGAUAUUGGGCAUCACAUCUUGGGAAAAGGAAAUACCACAUUAGUGCAUUAUAUGUUGUGGAUCUUAAGAAGUUCAGAAAGAUUGCAGCAGGAGACAGGCUUCGGGGCCAGUACCAGGCUCUUAGUCAAGAUCCAAACAGUCUAUCAAAUCUAGAUCAGGAUCUUCCCAAUAAUAUGAUUCAUCAAGUAGCUAUUAAGUCUCUCCCUCAGGAAUGGCUUUGGUGUGAAACCUGGUGUGAUGAUGAAUCCAAGAAAAAGGCUAAAACAAUAGACUUGUGCAACAAUCCCCAAACCAAAGAACCCAAAUUACAGGCUGCUGUCAGGAUAGUUCCUGAAUGGGUUGAGUAUGACUCUGAGAUACAAAAGUUAAUAGAAAAAAUUGAAGAGGAGAAUAAAAAUCGAACAUCAUUCUCUCAAAAAGGUUUUAAGCACGAUGAACUUUAGCAUCACCUGUAAACAGCAACGGUGACAGCUCAGUGGUCGUCUGUGAAAGACUGAAUGGAAGUUGUGAAUAUUACAUUGGCGCUAUUUUUAACAUUCUUCAAUGUGAAGUCAAGUAUUUUAUAACUUAAAAUGUUAUUUAAAAGUUUUAAAUGAAAGAACAGAAGAGACAAAUCCCCAGGUACUUGAUUCUUUUAACCAGUAUAGAAUAGCUUGCCUAAUUUCUUCUUUUUUAUUUUCUUUCUGUAAAACACAGUUGCCCAAAGGAUUUUAGAAUAUACAGAAUGAUGUAUUCAACUCUUCAAAGUUAAAUUGCAUCAGCUUUUUUGGGAGGUGGGGGGAGGAAGAGAGUUAAAUAGGUACACGAACACUGUUUUGUGCCCAUUACAUGCAUUAAGCUAUUUGAAUUUAAAUAUAAAGAAUUUUGAUUAUAUGUCUAUAAUUUGGUCCCUGGAGAAAAGCUGUGGUUGCAAGACAGAUUCUUAGUGCAGCAAAGUUAUGAUGUAAGAAGUAGCUUGUUAGUGGAAUUUAAACCACACAAAUCUCACUAAAUCAACUUUGAAGCUUACUAAAGCAAGGAAUGCAGUUUUUAAUUUACUAUGCAGGUUGCUGCACCCUUAUCAAUUUAAAAGAAUAAUCUUUGAUUCUUAGGCUGUUUUUGGUCAAUUAAAUAGUAUGUUGUAGGAUUGCAUUAUCUUUUUUGGUUAAGAUGAUUUUCUAGCCAGCAUGCAUAUCAGAAAGUCAGUAACUGCGAACUGUUUCCACUCAGUUUUAAUCAUCAUUAUUCUGUUUAGAAUUUGAAAUAAAAUAAUAAAAUUCUUGAUUAAUUGUGACUAUCGAUGGUGUCUACUGUAAUUUUAUAAAUAUAUACUCACAUAACUCUUGAUCUAAGGGGCCACUGACAUUUUAAUCCUCAAAAACUUGCAGUCAAAAGGUUCUUCCAGUAUGCAUAUUUGAAAAUAGGUAAUUUAUUAAAUUGAAAUUUUGAAAAAUUGGAAGUGUCUUAAAUACUCUGCUGCUUCGGUUUCCUGGUUUUAAAAUAGAUUGGAUGUUACCACAAAUUCUUUUAAGAACAACUUAAUGCAGUCUUUCAAUCUGAAUGCAUAUAAUUAUUUUGAAAGGUAUAUUUGGUAGGCAUUUUCUUUGUAAGAAGUACCCAAUGAAAUAUUUUAUGUGUAACCCAACAGUCAUAAUCAGAUAAUACUAACUUCAGUCCUCUUAAGCAUUUCACUAUAUUUGUCUUGUUGUUACAUUUUUUUGUAUAAUGUAAUACUUAAGAAUAUCAAGCAGCAAGUGAAACACUAAACAUAUGUUUUAAGUUGGUAUGUUUUAUAACAUACAGAUGGGCAUGUAAUAGACUGAGCAGAUAUGUGCACAGUUACUAUAAAUUUAAUCUGUAGCAAGAUAACAGCUGAUACCCCAUAUAUAAAGAGGAAAAAAGAAAUUAGUCAACUGCUUGCUCUGUGUGUGUGUGUGGUUUUUUUUUUUUUUUCCCCCCUCUUCAAACUUACACUUACAUACUGGUGCUUAAUUUACAGCAGUGUUUGCUUCACAUUGAACUGUCCUGGAAUUUCAUACUUAAAGCAUACAUUAGAAAACUUUUUUCAACCCAGAAGUUAAAGGUUCUGUAUCUUUAAGAAACCUUAGUUCUCUUCAAUUAUGUUCAUCUGUGUGGGAAACUUCUGUUAUGCAGUAUAAAAGGUGGAUAAUUUAUGCAGUGAUUUCUUGUUACUUUUAGCUGUAAAAUUCUGUUCUUUUUAAAAUUGGAUUACUUCUACGUGCUUUAAAAAGAACUAUAUCCUUUAAAAAAAUUUCCUUUAGAUUAUUUAAAUGAUUAGAAUAUAAUUUAUGAAAAAUGUAAUUUGCUGGUGAUACUUUAAAGAUUUAAAAGGUUUCAUGCCGUUUUCUACAGUGUUGUAUAUGUUUGCAAAAAUGUUUUAUGGCUUUUCUUUUUUCUGCAUAAUAAUCAUAUUUUCAAAGAAAGUUCUUUUUUUGAAAUGAUGUAUUGAUUUAUAAAACAAAGAAAGAGGUCCAGCAAAUAUAUUAACUACUUUUCAAAGAUCUGUUUAAAGCAGCACUUUGAAUAAUUAGCAUAUCAUUAUAUUUUUAAUAAUAAAAGAAUGGAUUGUAUAUGUUGUACAAAAUAUUAAAGAUGCCACUGGAGAAAAAUAA